AUGAUUUCUCUGAAAUCCCCAUUGAUCCCCGCGUCCUUGAGUAAGCUGGGGCCCUCGCGGACGAAUCGCCGAAACUCCAGUCAAUCAGCCUCUACGGCAGCGGAACGGUCAAUAUUUAGCGUUGCGUCCGGUAACCAAACACCGUCCUCUGUCAUUACAAUGGAUCAAAACAAUCCAGUCGAUAAUGGAGUCUCGUCCGACGACGAUCACGGAUCCAACAUUUCAGCUAUUGAGGAGCCCGCCGCAGAACAACCAAAACCAACAACACCUCCCCAUAUCACAGCUGGGAAGCGAGUAUUGACUUCUAUGCAACCCGAACUUACGAUAAAAACCCCAAAUGCCCAAUUCUUUGGCUCGAUGCCCCGAUCCGAUGAUGAUGCUCCUCAAUCUGUUAUUCAUGCUCCGCCAGGGUUUGGCGACUUUAUUGGGAAAACAGGCCCAACCCAGAUUCAUCGCCAGAAUGAUGGACAGGCAACCUCAGCCGCCGGUGAUGCCAAUAUAAAAGAGACUAUAGUCAGCAAUGAUAGAGUGGCGAACAAGAAGUCCGCCAAUAGCCCAGCAUCCCCACCUCCACUGACCACAACGAUCCCUCCAGCGAAUGACUGGUCGGAUAGAGCAACACCACGCGCGCAGACGCGACAGGAAAUCGAAGACCUUGAUCGACGCCAUUCUACCAGCCUCGAGGAUAUACCUGAAGGCAAUGAUGCUGAUCCACCACCACCAGCAUCAGUGGCAUCCAACUCGCCAGUCGCAAUGAUAACGGUCAAUGCAGAUCCAACGCCGAGAAAGAGAUUCUCAUUCCCAAAUACAGGCAUUCACACUCGGAAAGACGAGACCAUUGCCCUAUGGACAGCGCUCGAUGAGUGCUGGACUUUUUGCAAUACGCUUGCUAACUUGAGUUCUAACCAUCGCGAACGUCUGUUCAAUUCGACGAGCAAAGGGGAUAUGCAGGAAUUAGCAUGGAAAUCAUGCUGGAAACUAUGUCGAAAACUAUACGAAGGUCGAGAAGUUGACUAUGCGUCGCAAGUUGACCCUACAUUGGACCUGUGCCGGGACUUUUGCCAGGCGUUAUUUGAAGUCCGCGCCAGAGAGAACGAAGACGCAGACUCUGUAUUACGAGUCAGCUUUGAGCUCAACAACCAUCUCUAUAAUGCUAGCGAUCAUAAUCUACCACCAGUGUUCCGAGAGCGCACUCUUGAUUUCUAUAUAACACUAUGUCAUCGACUCAUGAAACAGCGGAUGCAUCUAGAGGAAGAGACAGACUCGCUGCUGCAUGCUUGUUGGUCAUUGGCUGAGAUGCUUUUCAGUAUCCGGCAAAGCAAGCGGGAAGGCAAGAACCCUGACGAGGAACUGUUGGGGUCUGCCAUUCAAGCUUGCUGGGAGCUCUGCGAUCUCUUCCGUGAAGGAUGGACGCAGAUUCGGCCAGACAGGGGAACCCCCAGACCCAGUCAAAUCAACUUUUCCGAGGCCAUGCAGAAGGCCAGGGAAUCACCUGUGAUGAUCGUGGAUGAGGAUUCGGCUUCUCAGUUGAACCCCGAGACUCCGACAACAAUAUUUGAGGACACAGCCACGAUUUCGCCGGAAGAUGCACCAAUCCCUAAUAUUCUCGUACUUGGACAUGCGCAGGCAGUUCAAGCCAGUCAAAACAAAUGGUCUUCGAGUUCAUCGACGUUGUCAGGCCGAUCACGUACAUCCGAGCAUACAUCUUCGACCAACACAGUAGUGACAUCGGCCGAAGAUCCGAAUAUCAUCCGGUUGAAACUUCUCAUAACCAAAGCAGCCAUGGAUACAGGAUAUCAACGAGGGGGUAACCAGACGCUGUCUUCCUUCAGCAAGUCUCUCUCGUCGGAUUCCUUCGGCACAAUGCCAUGGCAAGUGUCCCUGCUUGAACAAUAUAAAAAGUUAGUCACCACCGACCCUGCCUUUAGGGUCAUUGGAGCGCCAGGCCUUGUGGGAGCCGUGGACGUAGCACGAGCGGUACAGUCUAUGGUGCAAAACGGGCAAUAUACCUGGCUACGAGAUUUGUACAGGCUUGUCUUCGGGUUCCACGUUGAAGAAGCUGUUGGACGACGAAAUGUGACUAUACAGACAUGA